CGGAGCGCCCAAUCACAGGGCUCGUCCUCCCCGCCGGAUGCCGGGCCUGUGACGCCCCCGAGCCGAGGGGUCGGCUUUUCCACGCAGCUGGCGGCGGGGACUCGAACCGCCGAUGGUUUUCCUCACGCUCUCGCGUUGGAUCCGGAGCCGCGGGCCCGAUCGAUAUUGGCGGGUCCAGGAAGUCCUGAAGCACGCACGGCAUUUCCGCGGGCGGAAGAAUCGAUGCUACAGCCUGGCGUUGCGGGCCGUGCGGAGAGCCUUUCUCUACUCCACCAAAGCCAGGAAACUGAAGAAGCGGAACAUGAGGACGCUUUGGAUCAGCAGAAUAGCAGCAGCCUCCAGGGAGCAUGGGCUGAAAUAUCCAAUACUAAUUGGUAAUUUGAUUAAGAGUCAAGUGGAACUAAAUAGAAAAGUUCUUGCCGAUUUGGCUGUGUACGAACCAAAGACAUUCAAAUCCCUGGCAGCACUAGCGAAGCGAAGAAGGGAAGAAGGCUUCCUUGAUGCGUUAGGCGAUGGCAGAGAACCCAAUGGAAUAUUUUCACGUAUUGUGCACCGUGACUAAAGGAAUAAAUGUGAAUAAUUACUGUGAAUAAUUUUCAUCUGUUUUGUAACUGAGUUUUGCUGGCAAUUUAACAAAACACUUGAAGCAGACUUCAAAUCUGUCCAAAAAUCUUUGGCAUUGCUGUGUGGACUUUGACAAGAAAUAGUUAUUACGAUGCAUACUUGAAUCCAAGUAUGAUUAUAUGAAAUUCUUCAAUAAGAUUUUGGUAACGUGGAAAAUGUGACAGGCUGGGGUAGAAAAACUGCUUGCUGGAAAACAUCAGUACAUGUUGGCUUCCUCAGCUUUGACCAUCCAAUUUUCAUGUACUAAAGAAUACUUAAAUAUAUUUGAUUACAUUUAAAAGAGAAGAUAAUUGGGCCCAGUCUUGUGAAAAUUGUACUAAUGGGACUUAUAGUUUUUGGCACGAGGCCUCAUUGUACAUCAAUGAAGAAGAAGAGGACAGUUUUUUUUAAAUCACUGGGAUGCUUGCCUAAGUUCUGCUCUUUUCUCCGUUCCAAUAUUGCUUCCAGUGUACUGGGCCAAAUUGUAAUUUAUUUCUGUCCCAAUAAAUCAUUUAAUGCUA